AUGCAGGCAGCUGAAGACGCCGAGAUCCGCAGACAACUAGAAGAGGGCCCGACGCUAUUUGGCUCGGGAUGGCGCUGUGUCGACUCGCUCGAGGAAGUGGAUGGCGAGUUUGAGAGCGACGAGGAAGAGGAAUACAUCGUCAUGGACCUUGGAACGGCUAUGGACGCUCGCACACUUCAGACUGAGGCCACCUACCAGCUUAUUGGAAUGGACACGCCAAUGCCCUUCCUCAAGAUCGGCGAGCACGUUUUCCAAGGCGCCGUCGCGCCGCUGAUCGGCGACGAGGUCAUCUUUGAUGUCGAGAGACAGGAGGAUGACCCUCAGCGCCCACACCACCGUCCAGCGCACAAGACGACGCACCGUGUCGAACUGCACGCUGUCGGCCUCACCCGUCGCCCAUUCCCCCAGCGCGCACUGCAACCAAAGCACGAGGACGUCGAAAUGUCUGACGGUGGCCCCAUCGGCUUGACUGCCGACAUGGUCCUCGCCCAGGCCCCAGAGCUCGGCACGCCCGUCGCUGGCCCAUCCCGCAUUCGUGCCCGUCACCUCCAGUCCCUUGCUGCCGAAGCGCAGUUUGACUCGCCCAUGGUCAGCCCGUCUCCAGCUUCCAAACCCGCCACGCCCGUGGCUGCUCCGCCUUCCUCGCCUCCGCUAGCGCCGUUCGUCUCCGUUACUCCCGCAGAUGGCGCCGAGGGCCCCGAAACGUCCCCGAAGCGUCGUAUCGGCCGGCCCCGCGGCAGCGUCACGCGCACCACGCUCCCGAUCAGGACCAUCAACGACCUCACAGACAUCAACCACGCAGGCGGCCUUGGCGAAGUGCGACUCGAGAUUGCAGAAGACGCCACGCCAGAACUCCUUGCCGCCGUCUCGGCCGUCCGCGGCAAACCCUCUGGCCCAGGCGCCAAGCUGUCUCGCGCGCAGGAAGAACGUCUCGUGCGCGGCCUCCCCGCUGCCGGACCCGGAUCGCGCGGUGGUCGUGGAUCACGCAUUGGCACGCGCGGCCGUGGAUCGCGCGGCGGAGCAACCAAGCGCGGCCGUCCUCGCGGCCGUGGCGGCAUCGUGCCUCCCUCGGGCGAGGGCCUCGCAGAUGGCUUUUUGGGAGUUGCGGGCGAUGACGAGUAUGACGACGGCGAUGAGGAGGGCACGGCUACCGGAACGGGAACGGGGACCGGUACGCCUGCCGAGGGGACCGAGGCGGGACCGAGUCGUGCCGAGGAAGACGGCGACUAUGAGAUGCGCGACGUGAGUGUGGCUCAGCACGUGCGUGAUUCGGACGACGAGCUGCGCGAGAUUGGCGAUGACGAGUAA